AUGGGGAACUGCUGGGCGCAGGGCUGCUGCGGGCUGCUGCUGCGCCGGCAAGCGGCACGGCUGCAGCGCGGCGGCGGAUCAAAGUAUUUUAGAACAUGUUCAACAGGAGAACACUUCACUAUAGAGUUUGAGAACCUAGUGGAAAGUGAUGAGGGGGAAAGCCCGGGAAGCAGUCACAGGCCUCUGACUGAGGAAGAAAUUGCUGACUUGAAAGAGAGGCAUUAUGACUCCAUUGCUGAAAAGCAGAGAGCCGUUGAUAUGAAACUUCAGUCAGAGUUAGCCUUACAAGAGGAGAAGUUAAGAAUAGAAGAAGAGGCUUUAUAUGCUGCACAACGUGAAGCAGCCAGGGCAGCAAAGCAGAAAAAGCUCUUGGAGCAACACAGACUGCAAAGGAUAACGCCGAGAGCACAUGCUGUUAAUAAUGGAGACUAUCAGAGCUCUGUCACAGAAGAAGAUAUUGAUUCCUUUUUGAGAAAUACGAAAAUCCAGUAUGAAGCUUUUCGAAGUAGUAGACUUUCAUCUGACGCUACAGUGCUGACACCGAACACGGAAAGCAGCUGUGACUUAAUGACCAAAACAAAAUCAACGAGUGGCAAUGAUGACAGCACGUCGUUAGACUUAGAGUGGGAAGAUGAGGAAGGUAUGAACAGAAUGAUUCCAAUGAGAGAACGCUCUAAAACAGAAGAGGACAUACUCCGGGCAGCCCUGAAAUUCAGCAGCAAGAARACUGGCAGUCAUCCAGCUUCAGCCUCGGACGAUUCAAAUGGCUUGGAGUGGGAGAAUGACUUUGUUAGUGCCGAAAUGGAUGAUAAUGGCAAUUCGGAGUAUGCUGGAUUUGUAAAUCCUGUCUUAGAGUUGUCUACAUCAGAUGUAAGGAUAUCUGAUUCUGAUCAACAAGACAGGUAGUAGAACUUCCCUAUGACCACAUGCUUCAAAGAGCAUACGAAAAUUGACUGCUCUUUUAUAAGAACAAGAAGGCAAUGAUGUUAUAAAUUAUUUGGCAAGGAAUGCAAGUGACUUGCUAACUGAAUUAAUUCAGAAUUAAGUGCAAUUUUAUCAUCUACCUUAUAAAUCUUUGUGAAAACUAGGAUGAAUCUAUUGYGUAUAUUUCUGGCUAUCUGGUCUAAUAUUAUCUGCACUAAUUUAAGCUUUGCAGCUUAUCAUGUCUAUGUUUUAACUAUUUUUUUUCCUGGAUUGUAUUUCUACUGAUUUUUUUUUUAAAAUUAAUCAUUGGUCUAACGUUUAUCUCAGAAAUAGUCGGAUAUAAUUUAUCUAAUAAUUGGACAGGGAAAUCUGUUUUAAUCAUCUUUUUUUUUCCCCCCCCCCCGCAGUAUCUUGUAUAUGCUUUAUUUUUCAGGUAUUUAGGGGCAAAACUGGCAAUUGACUAUUUGUGAAAGUUAUUUUUCAGUUGGCUAUUUUCCCUCCUAAUUUGUAUUCUCCCUAAGCGUGUGUUUUUUCUCCUUACUUUUUUUGUUAAACUAAGCACAAUUGACCUGUAUAAACAUAGUAUAAAUCAUCAGGUUAGAUAAGAUGCCACGUUGUGUAAUGUGCCAGAUAGAGUGAGAGUGCUCUAGAUAGAAAGCAACUUUACAAACUCUUUAUGCUUUAAACGUUUUCAAAAUGGAAAAAGUCAGCAUUAUUUAAUGGAGAACGAGGAAGACCAAAGUUUUGAUUCCCUUGUACCCCCCACCUCCCCAAACCCCGCAACAGAUCUGAAGAUGUUGCUACACAGAGGUUAAAGUUCUUAAGUUGUUGAAGACAGUAUCAGUUGCUCUGAUACUAGGUUGGAAAGAACAAGAACUUAAAAUCUGAGUUCAUGUGUUUGCAUAAAACAAAGAAGGAAGAAUGUCUUUUUCUUUUUUUUCAGGUUACAAAACAGUGUAUUUAAGUGCUUUAGCUUUCUUGUGCCUCUUAGUUGGUUAAUUUUUCUAAUAUGGGCUGAAAUUUAACAGGUGUUUAGUUACUGUGAAUCUUGUGUGAUUUUAUUGUGUGAUAUUUCCCUUAUUUUUAUUGUAAGUGUUAAAAGUCAUUAUUUUUUUUUAACACUACCGGAAGAGGAAUGAAGAACAAUCACAGUCUCAAGCCUUCCCCACAGCUUCAGUAAAGCCAGGCUAUUCCACGGCAGUUUUGUGUUGCUCUCCUGCUUCUCCCUAGAUAAAGAGUUGGGGGUGCAGUGUCCCCAUUGUGGAAUAAAAGCAACACGGUUAGUAGUUGUUAGAAGAAUUUAAUAUGCUGGUAACAGUUGUGUAGCUGUUGUAGAUUAUAUGGGAUCAGAUAAUGUCAGGGUCAAUAUGAUGUGGUCCUCUUCAUUUUUUUUUUUAGCUGCAGUGAAAAUAUUGGAUAUUUGGACUGAAUAUGUACAUAUAUUGACAUUCUCCAACAGAAAUCCUUUGUUGGUAACAUUCCAUUUCCUCACUUAAGCUGUAGCUAUGUCAUGGGAAAUACUAAAUGUAAUUAUCUGCAUUUGCAAUGCUUGUAAUAUGCUUUUAAAAAUUUGUACACAUCAAAUGUAUAUUUUUGGUUUGGCAGUAGCUACUCCUCUUUAACUUUUCCUAACUUGUAUUCGUAUGAUAGCCUAUUGAAAGUAAGGCAACUUUCUCAACGUGUAAAUAAACACUUUUUUUACUUGCUGAAACUAUAACUUACUCUACUUUUCCUUAACAGUGAAUGUGAGAUUAACUUGUCCUGAUCAUGCUUGAGGGAAGUAAACGGUAGCUGAGCAUCUCGCUUUUAAAAUGAGCAAGCAUCUGGCAAAACUGAAGCUUUAGUUUGAACUGGAAGUUUACACUGUAACGUGUGUGUUCUG